CGUGAACUUCAUUCCAGUUCCCUCACUCACCGUCGAGAAUGUUGCAUCAAGACGUUGGCAGAAUCUCCCAAUAACAACGAAAUACCCUGUCUCUUUGAUACGCACGACCACUGUGUAUAACAUGUCACAACAAGUACCAAAAGCAGCUUUCUUUCGCGCAACAAGUCUAGGUGCCGUGCGAGGCCUACAAUUGACGCGAGUACCAUGGCUCGACCGACUGGGGUUUCAAGCCUCACACUACGUCACGUCAAUGCUACGUCUCUUCACUAGUGGAAUCUUCAGUCACGUAGAAACCUACACCAUGGUCACAAACGCGCUCUACCUUGGCAAUGGUCCAAGCCACGAUGAUGACCUGCGACUAUUCGUGGUCUUCCCCAACUUGAAAGGAGAUAUCCGUAACAACAGCAGACUUUUGGCAUCUUUCUGGCAGCGAUGUAUGCUUCCUGCUAUCGAAGCUUUACAUUCACCACAGAAUAUGUACGAUGAACAAGCAGAUGGGAUGGACUACGUUGCAUACGAUAACGGAGACGACAUGAAGGAAUUGGAUGAAAGUCUUGCUACAUUCGCACUACACACCCCCGUUCAACGCCACGACAGCACGCAACUCUUCUCUCUGGAUCAAGCUUGGGACAGUAUCGAACAGACCGUUGCGAACGACCCGGAUCUCCAGAUUUUGAACGACAUGUUUCUGAUCGUGGCGUGGGAGGCGCCCGCAGUGUCGCCAGGGUCUUGGCAGACUCCGUCCUUCGAACCGUUCCUAAAUCUGGCGUUGAUCGAUCAGCAAUGUGGGAAGACCAUCUACGAGCAGAUUGGCGAACAGCGAUCGGUCCUGAAGAACGACAUGCGGACAAUUUCAAGAAAGAGAUCAGCGACAUUGACGCAGUUGGAGGAUCGACCGGAUGCGAAAAGAACGCAAAGCAUGGACAUGAGCUAGUGCACUUCGUAUGAAGAUGGCUUGACGAUGUCUAUCUACAAAGCUUCCCUCCUUGUGCCGCCCAACUUGCGCAG